UGUCGUGGUGACGGAGGUGUCGUGGUGACGGAGGGGUCGUGGUGACGGAGGGGUCGUGGUGACGGAGGGGUCGUGGUGACGGAAGUCUUUGUUGUUUCCACAGGUUCUUCUACCUGUACCACUUUGCCUUCUACGCGUACCACUACCGCUUCAACGGGCAGUACAGCAGCCUGGCACUGGUCACCUCCUGGCUCUUCAUCCAGCACUCCAUGAUCUACUUCUUCCACCACUACGAGCUUCCUGCCAUCCUGCAGCAGAUCCGCAUCCAGGAGCUGCUGCUGCAGAACCAGCAGGCGGGCGCGGCCAACCAGACCGCCCUGCAGGACAACCUCAACAACAACACGCACCCUGCCCCCCCGCCCGGGGCCCCGCCCCCCGGGGCAGCCCCGCCCGCAGCCCCCGCCCCCCUCCAGCCCGCGGCCCCCGCCCCUCUCCAGCCCGCGGCCCCCGUCCCCGCCCCCCCAGGGCUGGACUGGGUCGCCCAGACGGCCGCAAUCAUCACAGAGGUUCUCAACUCCUCUGGCCCCACCCACCACCCACCAAGCCCCGCCCACAGCCCACCUGGCCCCGCCCACAACCCAGGAGGUCUCGGGAACAGGGGGGCGGGGUCAGAGUUCGGGAUGGGGGAGGGAGGAGGGUCAGAAGAUAAAAGUGUAGGCGGAGCUAGUAGCAGCACAGAGCUGUCGACCCCGUCCCCAUGCCCUAGUCCUCCAAUAGGAGAGCCUUUAAGCAUAAGCCCCUCCCCUCAACCCACAGACUGGCUGGCCACACCCCUCAGACAAAGCUCUGCCACAGACAAUGACCAGACGGAGACCCCCGCCCUCUGCUGAUCAAACACGUGCACACGUACGCACACGUACACACACGUACACACGUGACGCUGGGAUGCCCCUGUCCUCCCCCUGUUGCCAUGGUGAGGAGUUUGUUGGAAUCGGACUGGCCACCACUUGUAUAGUGGCCUUUGCAAAUCAUUCUGGGAAAUGGAGUGCCUAGGUGUCGCUGUGUGUAGCCGUUAGCUUAGCAUGACAGGCAGAGCUACCCUCAUACACUAAAGGGUCAGUGAAUGUCUAUCGCCACACCCAUAUGCUCCUGUAGGCCUGUUGCCAUAGAGACGAGGUGCCCGUCGUCGUGGAGAAGAGUCACGAAGUCUCCCAUCAUUAAAAUAUAUGAAACCGAUUCCUGCUGGUCCCGCGAUGAUGUGGUGCCUGAAGUACUACCACUCACCUAGUACUUCCUGGCUCUGUGGUGGUACUACCUGGCUCUGUGGUAGUACUACUCUUAAUGUAUUCUGAUUAUUUACUCCAGUAAACGUGUGCCGAUCGCCUUAUCUGCACUCAAAUGUC